AUGUCACUCCCAUUAUUGAAGAAAUCAGCCAACGAUAUCGUUGUGUUAUCAGCAUUAAGAACUCCAGUCACCAAAAGUAUCAAGGGUGGACUCGCCAAAAUGUUCCCUGAAGAAUUACUUUACCAAGUUGUCAAGGGUUCUAUUGAACGUAGCAAGAUUGAUCCAGAAUUAAUUGAUGAUGUUUUGGUUGGUACUGUUUUACAAACUUUAGGUGGUCAAAAGGCAUCUGCAUUAGCCAUCAAGAAGGUUGGAUUCCCAAUCAAGACUACUGUCAACACUAUCAAUCGUCAAUGUGCAUCCUCCGCCCAAGCUAUAAGUUAUUCUGCUGGUACUUUAUUAACCGGUGAAAACAAAUUUACUAUUGCCGCCGGUGUUGAAUCCAUGACCCAUGAUUAUUUCCCUCAUCGUGGUAUCCCAACCAGAAUAUACGAACCUUUCAAGAAGGACGCCAGUGAAGAAGCCCAAAACGUGUUGAUGCCAAUGGGUCUCACCAGUGAGAAUGUUGUUUCUAAAUAUGGUAUUUCUAGAAAAGCCCAAGAUGAAUUUGCUGUUGCUUCUCAUUUAAAGGCUGCCAAGGCUAUUGAAACUGGCCAUUUUGCUAAGGAAAUCAUUCCUGUUCAAGCCAGACAAUUGGAUGAUUCCAAGACUGAUUUGGUUGAAAUUUCCAAGGAUGACGGUGUUAGAGCCGGUUCUACUUUUGAAAAAUUAUCUACUUUGAAACCAGUUUUCAAAGAAGAUGGUACCACUACUGCCGGUAACUCCUCGCAAAUCUCCGAUGGUGCUUCUGCUGUUAUAUUAACCACCAGAGCCCAUGCCGAACAACUUGGCAUUAAACCAAUUGCUAGAUUCAUUGGUUCUGCCGUUGCUGGUGUCCCAUCUGGAUUAAUGGGUAUUGGUCCAUCCGCAGCCGUUCCUCAGCUUUUGAAAAGAAAGGGACUUGAAACCAAAGAUAUUGAUAUCUUUGAAUUAAAUGAAGCAUUUGCAUCCCAAUCUAUUUACUGUAUAGAUAAACUCGGUCUUGACUACGACAAGGUCAACCCAUACGGUGGUGCCAUUGCCAUUGGUCAUCCAUUGGGUGCCACUGGUGGUAGAGUUACUGCUACUUUACUUAACGGAUUACGAGCACAACAAAAGGAGUUGGGUGUCAUUUCCAUGUGUACAUCCACUGGUCAAGGUUAUGCUGCUGUGUUCGCCAACGAAGCAUAG